AUGAAGGGUUUUCUCGCUGUUCUUGCGACCGCUUCCGUCGUCUCGGCCCACGCCACCUUCCAGGAGAUGUGGGUUGGCACCGAGGACAAGGAGGGCACCUGCAUCCGCCUUCCUCAGAGCAACAGCCCCGUCCAGGAUGUCACUUCCAACGACAUCCGCUGCAACGCCAGCCCCAGCGCUGCUAGCACCACCUGCUCCGUUGCUGCCGGCGACUCCCUGACGGUCGAGAUGCAUCAACAGCCAAACGACCGCAGCUGUGACAACGAGGCCAUCGGAGGCAACCACUACGGCCCGGUCAUGAUCUACAUGUCCAAGGUCGACGACGCCGCCACCGCCGACGGCUCUAGCGACUGGUUCAAGGUCGCCCAAGACACGUACAACGGCACCGACGCCAGCUGGGGCACCGAGAUCCUCAACGCCAACUGCGGCAAGCGCGCCUUCACCGUCCCCAAGACUCUCCCGUCGGGCGACUACCUCGUCCGUGCCGAGGCCCUGGCCCUGCACUCUGCGGGCGGCGAGGGCGGCGCUCAGUUCUACAUGAGCUGCUACCAGGUCACCGUCACCGGUGGCGGUAGCGCCACCCCCAGCCCCACCGUCAAGUUCCCCGGUGCCUACAAGGCCGACGAUGCUGGCAUCCUCAUCAACAUCUACCAGACCCCGUUGACGUACGAGGCCCCCGGCCCGGCUGUUUGGAGCGGCUAA